AUGUCGCGCUUCCACCGCAGCGCUCAAGAUACGCCCCCUGCAACGCCCGACCAUAGGGAUGGCCGCAGCACAGAAGCGUCCUCUGUCGCCUCCAGUUCCACGUAUCAAAGCAAAGCGGCGCUACCUGCGAUGGCGUCGCGUCGCUCGCCGGCGAGGAGCAUCACCAUCGCAGCUAGUGCGCACGUUGCGCCUAGCCCGGCACCUUCCUCCAGGUCGCUGCUGCGACGUCACAAAGCGCCCGACACCGAGCCACCCGUGUCGCGGUCGCCUUCCGCGUGGCUCGCCCGAAAGCUAGGCAGACGAACUAAAUCGGAACAGGCGCAAGCAAUGGCACCGCCGCCGGUCAGUGACCGGCCGCUGCAGAGCAUGUUGGGCGCUCCAUUACCAUUUGCGGACGAGUACAGCGCCACGACACUGUCAAGGCUGAGAGGUCUGCGUCUGUGUGACACGACCCCAAAUGUGGCUCGCAGCCCUUGGGCGGACCAUCCGCCCCACUGGCCCUUGAGCUCAAAGUCUCAGUCGGAACAUGCGCCGAUUGCCUUUUGGUCUGAUUUCGUUACGCUGUACGCAGCUGGCGCCGUCGAUCUCAGCGACCCUCCCAAGAUUCCAGUGUCCUGCGUCUCGUACGAAAAUCAUCCGCUGCACCCUGCCCUUGAGGUCAAAUCGACAGGUUCGGAUCGUGGCGUGCCGCGAUUAGCAAGGGGAAACAUUCUUGCAUUGAAAGGCUCUCCACUUCCGCCGCCUACAGGUCCACUUCCCGCUCCUCCCACCGACGCUCAGAACCAGAGCCAUGCUAGGGACUCGCUUCGACCACCCAGGCCGGCUUCUCGACGACCGAGCACGGGUAGCGCUGCGAGUACGCACUCGCACGGAGGUGGGGAUCGCUCCAGUAAUGAGAGUCGCAUGAGCCCCGUCGUUUGGGAGGUCAAUACUCGCGAAGGUGCUCGGUCUACUGAGCCGCCUGUGCCCGACGUCAUGCCAGGUGUGCCAACGUCGGAAGGAGUAGUGCGAGGAGGCAUGCCUGCCCCUCUGCCAAAGUGAGUCUUGCGAAGACCACCUCUUCCACGUUUGGUUUCGAUGAAACGACUAGGAGUACCGCUUGACGUGUCUUCUCAUUUCGUGUAGCUUCGAGCAAGCUCGUCUAAAGGCUCUUGCGCGCUGCGAUGCUCUGCGCCGACAUGGGUCUGUGGGACCUUUGGAAGGACACAUUUCGGCCGGGCAAGCUAAAUAUCGACAAGCUCCUGCUGUCACUGCCAGUCUAGCGGAAGAGGUACAAUCAUCAGACGAGCGUCGUGGGCCUCGUCAAGAGCUCCAAGCGGUAGCGGAUUGCUUGACGGAGAGAGCGCUGGCUCGACUCGACCCGGAUGGGACUUGUCGGAUCGUGUGGAUCGAAAAGGAAAGGGUGUCCAUCUUUUCGACUUGCGGUCAUGCUCCUGGUGCACAAUCACCCUCGACCUCACCUCGGCCGCAUAGUUUAGAUGUGAGCUUGUUUGCUUGUCUUUGUGCUCAAAGUUUCUGCACACCUCUGCUCGCACUCACUCGUCUAUUCACCGCGUGCAGGCGCAUACGAUUCUGAAUCGAGGCGAAGCCUUUGUCGUCCCUGACGCCCUCAUCGAUCCUCGUUUCACAGAAUCGCCAGUCGUGCAAAGCGGCGAACAGACGCGCUUCUACGCUGGUGUACCUGUGAUGAGCGAGGACAAGCUGCCCAUCGGUAUGUGUAAAGCUGGUGGAGAAGCGUCGAGAAAUGUUCGACUAAUAAAGCAUAUGCCUCACCAACAGCCGUUUUGUCCAUCUCGUCCAAACGCCCUCGCCAAGGCUGGACAACAUCCGAUGAUCGAUGGUUGCGGGCCUUGGCCCUGGAGUUUGAGCAGGCCCUUGACCGAAUUCGCGAGAUGGAGCUGGACAGCUUGACGUCGAAGUUGGAGACUGGUGAGUGUGUUUAAAUUGGUCUCUACAUAGCGUAUAGGACUGACUGAAUCAUCGCCUUAGCCUUGAGCAAGAUGCACAAAAUGCUCAAGAUCCCAAUCACGCCAAAGCUAGAAGGCCCUGCCACCGCAAUGUCGACGCCGUUGAUUGGCUCUCGCUCGCGCACUCCGUCUCAUGUUUCGUCAUUGUCCAUGGCGAAGAGUACUUCGAGCGUCAAGCAUUAUCACCUACCAGGCACCCCAGUCGCUGCAAGUCUUUUCGAUGAGGUGUCCGAGCUCAGUCAAAUCGAGGCUGCGAUGGAGAGCAAUGCGGAACGCGAGGCGCAAUGGGGGUCCAGCGACCCAGCUAGCAAAGCCAGCAAAGCGAGCCUGGAGUCUGCCGUAAAGACGCUUACGGCUGCGGUUUCCAUGGACGCCGUCUACGUCGCAAAGGUGGGUCGACCGUCAGAGAUCAUCAUCUCUUGCGGCUUGAGCGAGGCUAGCCCCAACCCCGCAAGCCCAUUGGAUGAAGAAGUGCACGAGACUGCUCGUGCUGCGCUGCACGUGGUUCAGUUCUCCGAGCGAAGCGGCCGUGGCACCCGUCUGCCUUGGCUAGGCAUGAGCCCCUCGGGUAGAGCUUUGCAAUUUGCUUCGGGCGUCAUGGCGCCCUGCCGCCCCGAUACGUGGACAGCAGGCGUUUCCGAGUCUGUUGCAAGGUCACGCUGCGUCCUCGUCGCGCUGAGUUGCGAGGGGUCGCGUCUGCUUCAAGAUGUUGGUGAGUUGACAAUCGGUCCACCAGACGAUCGCAACGGUGCUGAUGAGCCUUGAGCCGCACCUCUCAGAACACCGCUUUUUGGAGCGUGCAGCUUCUCUACUUGCCACCCAGCUCGACUGCCACGAGUUUUUGAGCCCAAAGGAUGCUCGUUGUCUCUCGGAGAGCCCUCUCACUAUGCCCUCGAAUUGGACAGUCGACCAUUCUGGCAGCCCUGCAAGUCGUGCGAAUGCUGUCGGAGUCCCUGCAAGUAGUGUACUGGACGAGUAUCGCACGUCUUUGUCAAAAGGUAGCGCGCCGUUGCACGGCACCACGAACAGAAGGCAUCGCGAACGCUCUACUGCAACCUCGACGCACUCUUCGAAAGUCACGUGCGACUCGUCCAGCGAUUUCACUCUCGGUCUGGGGAGCGAGGGCUUGACUUCCAAGGAGCCCACAGAAGCUUUUCACGCAGUUGUUGGCGAGAUCAUCGUGGGGCGAAAUUCCCGCAUCAGCCCCACGUUUGAGUCACCAGCACUUUCCACUCCUUCGCUGGCGACCACUCUCGCAUCCGAUCCGUCCAGCAGUAUACCCGACAGCUACUUUCACACAACUUCGCUGGAUUACUCUUCGGCCCCGUCGCAGCGACACGGGACAGCGACAGAGGGCAGUCUCUUGAUGUCGCCCUUGACACUCAAGCAGCGCACGCAGAGCGUGUCCUCCCUGAAAGCCAAGUACGAUGUGGCUGAACAACUCAGCCACGAGCGAUUGGCCGAUGGCGCGAAGCUCUUCCGCCGCAAAACGAGUGCGCUGUCAGGAAAGCUUGAUAGUACACGCGCUUCGGCAACGUCUGUGAGCGGCGCCUCGCCCGAAAGGCGUAGUUCGAUCAGCUUCGUCGGAUGCCCACCAGACGAGCCAAGAUCCGUCGAGGGCGUCGAUGCGCUGCAACCGUACUUUGCAGCGGCUUACACAGAACACUCUGUCAAAGUCUGCGGACAGUCUAUUGACGGGCCGCAAGCUCAGGAAGAGGUGACGGGCUUGUCGCAGGAGCUUGCUUGUUUGCGCAGGCACCGCGCCAAAAUGGCCGAACAGCGCGCCAUCAGUCCGAGCUUGUGGAAAGAGGAGCUUGGUGAAGCACCGUCGCGUCCGGACACGGCGUCCACUAUGCCCUCCUUCCAUCGGACUUUUCACUGA